AUAUAUAUAUAUAUAUAUAUAUAUAUAUAUAUAUAUAUAUGAGUAUGUAUAUAUGUAUGUGUGCGUUCUUCAGAAAGUAAUGCAGAUUCAGCGCUUUACGAAGAUACCAAAGCGUUGAAUUUGCACGCGUCGUAUUUAGCUAUUAUUUUAUCAUCAUAGAUGUAGAUAUCAAACUGUUACGUUUGAACAUGAUUAUGAGAGUUUUCCUUCGAGUAAUUCAGUUUCUACAGUUUCAAAAUAUAUAUAUAGAAAAAUGUUAAAGAAAUCGAUCAAGAUCGAUUGAUGAAUACCAUGUAUUACCGCGAAUGAAACAGUUUGUUUGUACAUCUUUUUACUCUGGUACUUUUAUAUUACUUUAAAUAAUUCUAAUAGUGCAUGUAGCAAAAAAUAUACUACGCAAGAGUGUACGUAAGAGAAAAAGAACCAAGUACGUGUGGAAUUUGUUUAUAGAAUCUUAGGACCGACUGCAUUCUGUAAAAUCUGCACGUAUGACAAACUGCGAUCAUGUCAAUUUGCUCGAUCGUUAAUCGUACGCAAGAAACGUAAUUUAUAAGUUUCAUUAUUAUUUUUUAAUCUAUCAGACUUUUAUAUUUUCUACAUAUAUUUUUUAAAAUGGCUUUCCAUUGAAAGAUUGCUGAUUUUUGGUAGCUUUUAUUAAUACGCACGUAUGUGUACGUGCGUACGCGCGAUGUUGAUCGGUGGUAAUUAAGUAAAAAGAAAAUACGCAUAAAGCGACCGAAGAUAAAUUCGCGAAUUACCGAGAGAUCCUGUCUUAGUCAACGAAUGUUUCCGCGUAAUAUGUCUCCGACAAUAUCGAAUGUUGAAAUAGCCUCUGAUCCGUGACGACCACAUGUGAUGAGAGACAUGUACAUUACAUGCUGUAUAACUGAUUUAAUGUAACCUAAUUAUUUAAUUGAGUAAACAUUUUAUACGAAACUCUCGAGUGUGUAUGUGUGUGCGAUUCGACAUUUCUUCAAUGCACUUUCUCUCGCUUUUUCGACAACUGUACGUGAUUAUCGUUCGAGAUAAUUGAACAUCGCCGAAGUAGCUGUAUUCGCCUGAUACCAAUGUUACGAUAAAUAAGGAGAUCUAACGGUUAAUUUCUGUAGCGUGUCGGCGUGUAAUCGUGUGUACGAAACCGGUGAAAUUGGCGAACAUGCGACGAGAGGAAGAGAGAGAGGAACGGAUGGAAACGUGCCGUGACGGGGCGCUAAUUAGUUUUGCAGAUGGAAUUUGUCUCCCUUGCCCUACUCUACCGCCCAGUCGCUACGGUCAUCCACGUUUUUACACAGCUUAAUGCGAAACGCAGCCGCCGACCACUUUACAUGGAAUGCAUCAGUCGCGUACAAGUGAAACAACUGCGUUUCACACAAAGGUGAUAACGUUUGUUUACAAACUCAAAGUUCACUUUCCCGACUUUGAAUAGUAAGUAAUCGCCUUAGAUACAAUAUUUGCACUUACAAUUUAUAAAUUUACCUUCCCGUUUUGUUUUAUUUGCCGCACUUUCAACGUGACGCAAUAGAGACCGGAUGAAUAAAUAUAAAGAAGAAACAGAGGAAAUGGAAGGAGAACCGAAGAAGAGAAAGAGGAAGACCUUUCUCCGCCCCUGAUUCUAUACACGUGCAGCUCACGUGUGUGUCAGAUUUUGCUGAGGGAAAGAGGGAGAGUAAGAGAGAGAGUAAGAGGGAGGAAGGAGCAGAGAUGAGAGGAAGCUUCAUAUUCCGGAGGAACGGGAAGAGGCUGCGGCUCGACCGCUCAUUGACGAAGACUGUAUCACCGCGAGUGGUCGGCGAAAGCGCUAUUCCGAGUUUGGUCAUCGAAUACCGGAGAAACGGAACAUGGCAGCGCGCAAGAAAGAAGAAUCGACGAAGCAACGGUAUCAAGCGAACGCUCGAGAAAGGGAUCGCACUCAUAGCGUGAACACGGCUUUCAGCGCCCUGAGAACUCUGAUUCCGACCGAGCCGGCAGACAGGAAGUUGUCGAAAAUAGAGACCCUGAGGCUGGCCAGCAGUUACAUCAGUCAUUUGGAUGCCAUACUCAUUGUGGGCGCAACAGAUCAGCCUUGCUCACGCCUUCUGGAGAACAGCGGCGUUUGUUCGACGAGGCCACAAAGUUCGGCUUCGACCGGUGGUACGGAGGGGUCUAGUCCAGCCUCUAGCCCUGCCUCGGCUGCGAGUCUCACGAUGGCUGCGCCGAAAUACGGCACGCUGGUACCUAAUCGUAUUUUCGUUGGUGGCAUCUCGGCCAGCACCAGCGAGGCGGAACUUGCACAGCUCUUCUCGGCCUACGGCAACGUUAAGGCUACGAAAAUUAUCUCUGAUCGUGCCGGCGUGUCCAAGGGUUACGGCUUCGUCACUUUCGAAACGGAGGAAGAAGCGAAGCGUCUUCAGCAAGAGUCCGAAUGCAUCGUCUUGAGAGAGAGAAAGCUCAAUAUAGCGCCCGCGAUCAAGAAGCAGCCCUUCAACAGAUCUUUCGACGGUGGCUCCGGUUCGCCUCCUUCCGUGCCUACGAGUACUUACUAUUACACGAACGGUAUGGGUCUUGCUUAUCAGAACGGUAUGACAUUCUAUAACACGGCAGCUCCCGCACCGGCAACUUCCAUUGCUCCGCCGACGGACCCGGGAACGAUUUAUCAAGCUACGGGAGUGUUUGGUCCUCAAGCCGCUACCGGCCAUCAAACGUUCGCUCCUGUGAUGUAUCCGUGCCCGGCGCCGUCGUUGUACAUGCCACAGCAAUACCAAUACUCGCCUAUGCCGUACGAAACCUACUACGCAGGAGCGGCCGCUGCUGGGGCGCCCCAGUACUUGUACGCUACCGGCAGUUCGCAGAGCAACACGAGCGGUGGCGGCAAUAAUUCCGGCAGUGGCAAUAAUGGUACAGGAGCGACUAGCCCGCCGACGGCGGGCCCACCGCCGCCUCUCCCAUCUCUGCCUCCUCCACCUCCGACGCACUUUUACGCUCCUGCUGCACCGCCCCCACAUCAUCAUCCACCGGUGCCCGCGGGCCCACAUCCUCCCCCAGCACAGGUGGAUCAUCUGUACUACUCUUUUGCAGCUGGCCCGCACCCACCGCCUCCGCCGCACGCACCUAUGGGACUGACCGAGCAGCAGCUGUUGUUGUAUGCUACGGACGCAUCGUGUCAGCAAACCACCACGUCUGAUGGUCAGACUGCUCAGCAGGAGGAUUCACGUUCGACGCCGAGCCACUCGGAGCAACCGCACAAUGAGGCGCAGGCUGCCUCAGGCUCAGCCGCAACAACACCUCUGGUGUCCCUAAUGCCCGUGAAAUUCCCCGUGUCCGGUCGUUACGCUAAUUACCAACCGAUCGCGAUACACACCGCCGCCGCCAAUUUGCACAGCGCGCAAAACUGCUCGAGCGAUUCCGACGACUGCACCGCCGCCAAUGCGCCGAUGCACUGUCGCACAAUCGUUUAUCACCCGGCCACCGUGUACAUUCCACAUGCACCGUCGCCUUACCACGGCGCGUCCGGCACUGCUAGCCUACUGCCGACACCGUACUCGGCGAGUUCGCCACAUCAGUCAUACGACAACAACGUAAAGACGCAUGUUCAUCACAACUCGAGAGACGGCGGCGGCGGCAAGUACACGGGGGUCACCGGCGGUCAAGGGGGUAACUACACGAAGGGGGGUCAACAGAAUCACGGAUACCAUCCGUUAACGCAUCAUCAGAACACUCAUGCCAAGUCGUCACAGCAUACGCAGAGCGGUUCACAGUCGCACAACCACAAUAAUAACAACAGCAAAUGUAGCGGCAAUGGGGCGGCGGACGGGUCACACAAAUAUCAGACGAUAGCGAUGUCGUCGCGAUUACCAAUACCGUAUAAUAGUAAGAGGACGGCUGGAUCGAAUGUGGGCUCGCCGGCGGCCUGCUUCCUCAAGUCCGGUGGCGGCGGUGGCGGCGGUGGCGGCGGUGGUGGCGGAGGCUACGGAUCAAACCAGACCGCGCACAGGGUCAACCUCACGGCGUCCAACUACGGCGCGCACAAGCCGACUGCAAACUAUAUGAACGCGAACGUGUCCGGCUACGAGCACGCGGCCAACGGGCGCAAGAGCUACGGCAGUGACGAUCAGACGUACUACGACAUCGGCAAGUCGAUGAGCGGCUCUUACGGCUCAGGUCGUAAGGGCGGUUGUCUGCCGAAUAACAACGGCUAUAGAGGAGGAGGAGGUGGAGGAGGAGGAAGUGGAGGAGGAGGAGGGAAUGGAAGCGGAGGUGGCGGCGCCCGGUUGGACGCGUUCGCGAACGACAGCAACAGUCGAUCUAAUAACGAUGUCAACUACGAUACCGCCUGUCAGACUGCGGACGGCGUUGCUACGACGCUACCCGCUCACUCGUCUUCAGCCAACAACGCGAGCGCGGACAGUCAGGAGAAGCCGGCGGCGAGCCCACCGCCAGCCCCCUAUUCACCCAUGACACGGCCCCUUCCAACUGUCUCACCACCCACCCCCCAGGUCCAGUUUUACUCCGCACCGGCUCAGAACCGUUACCAGCAGACCUCGUCCAUGCCCCCGUCCCAGCAGCAGUCCAUCGGCGGUCAACAGCAACGUCAACGCUACUCGGUUACCCAGACGUUAUCGUCCACCAAUCGGAAGCCGUCCGACAAGUACUCGAGCACUGGCUCGCAGACAACGACGAUGCUGCGACAACCCAACAAGUACAAGGUGAACGGUAUAAUGCAGUCGACAGCGAUGGCGGCGACCAAGCUCAACGACGACGGUCUGGGAGGCGCCGGCGACGGUCCGACAGCGGGCACAGUCAACAGGAUGCCGAUAACGCCGCCCGGUACACCACGCGGCCAUCCGGCGGCCGGCGAUCAGAUGAGCGAUCAAUUGAGCGAAACGUGCCAUCAGAUGCAAGCGUUGACUCUGUAGACUCUCUCUUCCCAGCCAUUUCUUUCACGUCUUCGCCCUCUUUGUUGUCUUCUUAUCGAGAUAUGUUAUCUUAGGAGAGCGGAAAGAAAAACUACGCGCGACCUAAAAUGACGGCUACAAACUGUGAAAACAGACGAAUGCGGGAUCGACACAUACUAACAGACACACAACAUACGUACGUACGUAUAUACGCGUGCACGUACACGAAACAUGUGCAAACACACAACGCUACGGUAUAAUGUUCUCUGGUGAUCUCAGACCCACACAACACGCGAAGGUAACGUUCGCUAUGGAAAAACGAUAUCUUUCCUCGGUUCUUGAUCGCGCGAUGGCUAGCUGAUCUCCGCGGAGAAUGUGAUCCUGACGGACCUGUACAGACGCGUGAGCGCGCGAUAACGGCUACGAUAUUGUUAAUUGUUACAUGAUGGGUUAUGAAGGGAGAGAAAGAGACAGAUGACGGACGUACCUAUGUUGUACAACUUCGUGCGAGUUGGUGAUCUUUAAUGAGAAGUGCGUAGAAAAGAAUUAAGAGAGAAAUAAAACUUCUAUCUUAAUAGGCACAUAUACGCGCAGGUACGAUGCGUCAUUUACAUACAUCUACGUUAUAUAUUACAUACCGUAUAAUAUUACAUACUACUACAGUAUCCAAUGUUAUAUGCGUGAUAGGCUCGACAAACCAUGAAUCUCGCGAGCAAGGCUAGAUUAGUUAGCAAAAGAUAGAACCGAGAAACAAAUGAAAAAAAUGAAGAAAACAAAUAAUGUUGUUAUCGUACAAAGACGAGCGAUUUUGUCAUGUGUUCAAAAGAAAAAUAAACAAAAGAGUAAAACAAUGCAGAGAGAAGGGUAACAGGGAGGCGAGAUAGGGUUGAUUUCAUAAAACGGUUGCUCAAGGCACUGCCACAUCUCCAUGAUUUUUCAUUUUUUACCGCCGAGGACGGUAAUCCGUACUUAUAGUUUCUCUCUCUCGUUAGAGUAACCGUGAAUAUAUAUACAUAUAUAUUUCAUCACGUAGAGCGGAGUAUAACACCGAUUUGUUGUUCCUUUCGUUAACAAAUUUUCCGCGCAAAAUGUAACGUGUUGUAGCUGUUAAUACGAGAAAAAAAAAGAGAGACCCAAGUACGAAAGACGAAUCGCUCCGUACCCACAAGCGAAUAAGGUAAGAUAUUAAAUGAAAAAAUAAUGAAUUAAAAAAAUGUGUCGGCUGUGAGCUUCCAAGCAAAUAACAAUAAUUAAAUUAUUAUAAUAUUAAAGGUUAAAUAAUAUUCUACCUAAUUGUUAUGAACGUGGAUUUCUUUUAUCUAUAAAUGUGAAAUAAAUUUGUUAUCUCGUAUCUCGCAUACCGUAGCUAUGAUUGUCCAUUCUAGAGAGAGAGAAAGAGAAAGAAAGAAAAAAAACAGAUGGCAACGGAAAAGCAAAUGAAGUUUGUAGCGCCGUCACAUGUAAAAAUGAUACGGCGCACGUUUAACGGAUGAUAUUUCGAUGAACAUCCGAGAACGUGUGGUACGUAGAGAUAAUACGAUACGCGACAAAGGCCUAGGACGCGUAGGGAGAAUCUGUGAGAGUUGUUAACAAAGAAAUUAAUUUAUUGAAAAAAAGCAAGAGUGCCUUCUAUUUGUUUUCGUGAUUGUAUUGUUGAACAUUUGUUGCGUUACGUUCCGAGAGCCUCUAAUGUUGUUAUAAGAAAAAAGAGAUGUUUGAAGAA